GUACGAAUAUAGAGUGGAAAUGAUUCACCAAGGCUCUCGAGACACUUCCAAGAACAUUGUACGUGAAUUCGCCUCUGAUUUCGAGAUAGGUGAAUGCUGGGGUUACAAUAGAUUCUUCAGACUUGACCUUCUUGCUACUGAGGGAUAUUUAAACACUGAUCUCGAUACUCUAAUUCUGAGAUUCCAAGUUCGGCCUCCGACAUUUUAUCAACGCUGCAGAGAUCAGCAGUGGUAUAUAAGUCAAUUAGUUACUGUACAGAAUACGUAUGCGAUGCAGAUCAACCAAUUAAAAGAGAGACUGGUUAUUGAAAUUUCUCGAAAUACCGUAACGGCUACUCGAGGAGCAGGUGUCACAAUCGCAUGCCACCAGCAGCAGAAUCAAGAGGGCAUCGAUAAUGACAGCAAUGAGAUUAUCCACUCGAAUGAUGCAUUUGUCGAGAAUUUCUACAGUCCGUCCCGGCCUAUAGAAAGUGUGAUCAAUGGCAUAACCCAUCCAGAAUUUGCGAGUAACAAUGGGCUGAGGAGGCAACCCUGCCAGGGGGAUAGUUUAUCCCUUACUCUGCCUCAAAACUUAACUAUCUGUUCUCCAAAGUCUGAUGAUUCUAUUGGUCAGAAUUCACCAGUUGUGGAUAAUUCUCCAGCCAAGUCUCAAACUCGAACCUCUCCAUUAUUCGUCCAGACUUUACGACACUUGUCGUCUAGUUCCAGUAGCGAAAGUGGUGAAAUUAGUGAAAACGAAAUUUAUCUGGAAGACUGUGAAAAUGAGGAAUUGAAUCUCGGAUUGAUUGACGAAAACUUCAACGAUGAGAAUGAUGUCGAUGAGUCAAUGACAGGUGAAAAUGACGUGGAAGUGGCUGAAUCCCUGAAGCCCUGGAACAAAACCUCCUUAAAACCUUGCCCUGAGGAUGGUGCAAAGGGUCUAGAUACGAGGAAAUUCGUGUCUGAUCCCUUGGAAGACGAAAUAAUGCUUUUGCAUCUUUUCGAAAUGCAGGAUAGGAACUCAGGCUCAUAUCUCUUCUGUUGUAAACACCACUCAAAAGGCAAGUUCAACGAAAUCCAUGGUGAGCCAUCAUCCCACCCCUCCUUGACGAGUCCUCACAUUUCCGGAGGCCACUGCCCCAGAAUUGCCCGUAAGAAUGAUGGAAUAGGAGUUUCCAGUAGUGAGAAACCAUUUGCAGACAAGAAACAUCGAGAUAUGGUAGUCAGACUCUUUCAGAGUCAUUCGACCCCUAAUCUCAAAUGUUCUGACCCUCAAGUUGGGGCCCAAUGUCUUCCUGGAGGAGCUCGAGAAAUCCUUGAAGUCCUAAGAAUGGAAGACAAGGGGAUCGAACGCGAUUGCGAGGAGGAACUUGCACAUUCCAGUGAAAGGGAAAUUAGUCUUUCUGGUCUGGAGAUCAAUCCUGAAGAAUUGGAGAGGGAGAAAAGGCAGAAGAAGGGCAUGGCGACAAAGGUUCUCGAUUUUGAACAGCUUCUGGAGAGUUUUCAACUGUGCUCAACGAAGCAGACGGAUGUUGCUGUCUGUAUCGCGAAGUUGAAAAGGAAUCUAUGGUUGGGAGGAGGAAGAGAUAGCAGUCCCCCAAACUCUAGUAGAUCUUUACAAAGUACAAUUGCUUCAUCCUCAUGUUCAAAAUCCCCAAUAGAAUCAGCCACUGACGUCGUAAACUUCAGCUGGGCCCCACCACCAUUUCAACGAAAAAAUGAACAGAGGAGGAGCACGAGAAAUAGUCAAGGAGCAACAAAACAGAGUGAAACUGAGAUUCCAAAUACAUCUGAUAAAUCGGAAGAAGAGGAAAAAUAAAUUAUAAUAAAGUAAAAAGUGUCAAAUCUAGAUUGAAAUAAUCAAAUAUUCAUGAUUCUGUCAAUGCACCAAAACAGUAUUUUGUUAAGAAAUUUCGUUGUGAUCUCUUUACUUUAAAAACUUUCAAGUUGGUAUUAUAUAUUAUUUCAGUCAUUAAAAAUGUUAUUCGACGAUAGGAAUAAAGUCCUAGACGGUAGAUACGCAUAAAUAUUGCGGAUUUUUAAAAAUUCUCAUCAAUUAUGAUUGAUUGGAUCAAAUUCCUAGGUUAUAAGAAUUAAUUAGAGUGAGCAGAAUAUCGACUAUUCAGAAUGAAAUACUUUCCCUAUUUAUUUUCAAACAUAGAGAAGCGAAAAUCUAAAAAAAAAAUAAUUACAACUGGACAAUACACUAAAAACACAAGUCAAUUUUCGUAUUCAUUCAUUCAUUUUUUUUCCUUAAUUGAACAUGUUUAUAAAUUUUCUAAGUAAUUUCAAGAAAUUCACAAUUACUUGAUGGAUUACAUAUUUUGUAUGGUUAUUUUUUCAUUCAAUUUUCAUAUAGAAAGAACUUCUUUUUAUUAAUUUCUAUUUACACUUUCUGUAUCUCCAAAUGAAUUUCUAUUGCUGCGAGUCAACAAUGAACAAUAAAUAUCCAGGACUCUAUUUACAAUGAGUAGACUAGGUGUCUUACACAAUCAAUAUUAUAAUAAUAUUUAUUGUUAGUAAUAUGCAUUGUAGAGAACUCUAGUAAAUGUUAAAUAAUACAAAUAUAUGUAUCUCUCUUCAUCAA